AUGGAGCUGGGCAGCUGCUUCAAGACCUACGACGACUUCCUUGAAUGUUUCAGCGCUUACAAAAAGGAGAACCGAUGUUCCUUCAUUAUCAGAGACAGCAUCUCCGUCUACUUCCACAACCUCCACCAUGGCACCUCCGUCCGUGAGGACAUCUUAUACGUGCAGGUGAAAUUUGUCUGUAUUUGGAACCAAGCAAAGAGGAAGAGAGCACAGGAGGCCAACAUGUGCCCUGCCUACUUGUUGCUGCAGUACAAUGAGAAGCUGGACCACCUCCUCGUCAGUGAGCUCAACACCACGCACGUGCACAAUGAUGCCAGAACUACGGACCCUGGAGACGCUGCUCGUCGAUCUCAAAAGGCAAAGAGACCCCAGAAACCCCGGCCUGUGCAGCCCCCAGCCAACCCAGACCCUGAUGCUGAGGGGUCUCCACUCAAACUGUCACUCUCCUUACAUCAGGCCCAAGCGGCUCCCAGGCCUGAGCAGGAGGGCAUCACUGCCUCUGACCUGUCCGAUAUCGCCAAAGUGAUGAAGAACUUUCUCCGGGUGGACAAAGGCUCCAUGGCCUCGCUCAGUGUGGGCAGCAGCCAGGACCUGGACCGGCUCAGCUUCCAGAGCAGCAAGAUGAGUGACCUGUUCGCCCGCUUCCCCGAGAACCUGCUGCUGCACCGAGUGGAGAAAGCCCAGAGCCACAUCCUCUACACUUUGCUGGUGGAGAACAAGGAGCGAGAGGGGCGGGUGGUCCACUUUGCCGUGCUCCAAGCCGAGACGCCUGCGUCCGUGGCCAGGAUGCUGAACGUCUUCAGAGAGUUCAACUCCAGCUGGCCCAAAGUCAGGGUGGUGUUUGUGGACCCGUGCUUCCCCUACUGGUCCAUCCUGCAAGAGAUCUUCCCGUCUGCCCGCAUCUUGCUCUCCAUUUACCACACCACCCGGCUCUUGGAGAAGAAGUUGCAUCGCAGUUCAAAAGACGCCUCCUUCCAAAAGCACAUGAAGGAGGCCCUGCGGGAGGUGGUGUUUGCCACUUCAGAGGACAGCCUGCAGAAACUCUCCUGCAUGUCCCAAGUCCUGCUGGACCAGGAGCUCUUCGAGUUCCUGCAGACCCACUGGUUCUCCUGUGAACUGCUGUGGUACAUGCAUUUCAGGAAGGGCCUCCACGCAUGUAACACCUACAUGGACAGCCUGGACAUCAUCACCAGCAAGGUGUCGAGCCUCUUCCGGGAGCAGCAGUCCCUGCUUGACUGCAUCCUGCACUUUGUGGACUAUAUGGACUUCUUCAACAGCAGAGGCUUGAAGAACUUGUCCACAGCUCCCUACAUGCUGAAGAGGGCCCGGCCAGCAAGUGGCAUGCCACCCAGGGUCAGGAAGAUUUUAGGAAGCGGCGAAAGAAACCUCCUGAGUCCUUCUUGGCUCCUGGAGGAGGGAACAAAGCAAGACACACAGCUGCAGGGCCAGGCACAGCAGCUGUCACCGGCGCCGCCUCCCCUGGAUGGCAUGCUAGACGCUUUGCUCCAGAGGGGCUCUGAGCUGGCCUACAAGCUGUGCUGUCAUGAGUGGGACGUGGUGGAGAAUUCUACCCAGCUGAUAGGCGUGGCUGGCUCCUCAGUGGACAUCCAGAUGCUGGAGGACUCCCACCAAGCUAGCAGAGACGGCAGCAGCUGCACCUGCUCCUUCCAGCAGCAGUACCACCUGCCCUGCCGCCACAUCUUGGCCCUGCUCCACACCAGCCAGCAGCCCGUGACUGAAGCCAUGGUGGGCUGCCGGUGGCAGAAGAGGUACCAGGCCCUCCUGGGGCCCGACGGCGAGUUCCGGGACCCCGUCCUGGCUGCCAGUACGGGCCAGCCUGAGAAGCCAGGACGGAAGGACCUGAUUAAGGACCUGAGCAGGGAGCUGGCCAACCUCCUGAUGCAGAGUGAGGGGCGAGAGCUGGAGGAGCGCUGCGCCACCCUGCACAAGUUCGUGCACAUCUGGUCCGACUCCAGCCAGCCAGCCACGCCAGGCCAGCAGCCCGACGACUUCGUGGAUGUGGGCUGCCUCCCUUUCCUCUGGGGAAAGCAGGAGGAAGGGGAGGGGUUCCUUCCUGCCAGCUUGUGA